AUGUUCAGACAAGCACUUUCCAGAUCUACCAGAGCUCUCUACUCUAGCUCGAGGACGGUCGCGCAACGGCCUGCACUUCGCGCACCGUUCUCCCCAGCGCCUUCAACUUCUCUCCAAUCAGCACUGUUCCCGAGUACAAGAUGGUACAGCGACCAAGCGGAUUCAGCGACAAAGAAGGAAGGAGAAGGGCCUACAGCACAGGUAGAGGCACAGGACAGCAGCAAAGAUGACAGUGCUCCGUCAACCGUCGAGGCUGAGCUCAAGAAAAAGCUGGAGGCCAAGGAGAAAGAAGCUACCGAGUGGAAGGACAAGUGCCUUCGCUCAGUGGCCGACUUCCGCAAUCUCCAGGACCGAACAACGAGGGAAAUGAAAGGUGCCCGGGACUUCGCAAUCCAGAAGUUUGCUAAAGACCUGGUUGACACGGUGGAUAACAUCGACCGUGCCUUGAUAAUGGGCCAGGAGAAGAUGAAGGCCGAGGAGGGCAAAGAGGAGAACGUGGACCUCAAGAGCUUCUACGAGGGUGUCAAGAUGACGGAAACCAACAUGCUUUCGACCUUGACAAAACAUGGCCUGGAGCGAUUCGACCCCGAAGGAGAGAAGUUCAACCCCAACGAGCACGAGGCGACGUUUAUGACGCCGCAGCCCGACAAGGAGGACAACACCGUCUUCUUCGUCCAGCAGAAGGGUUUCAAGCUGAACGGCCGGGUAUUGCGAGCCGCCAAGGUCGGCGUGGUCAAGAACUAA